AUUGAUCGAAAGAGUGUCGAAUCAGAAAAUGUCGGUACAAGAAUAUCUGGAUAAGCACUUGCUUUCUCGGAGAAUCGAAGACGCCGUUAAUGCCGCCGUUAGAGCCAAAACUUCCGAUCCCGUCCUCUUCAUUUCAAAUCACAUGAGGAAAGCUGUACCUUCUGUGAUAACGAAGGUGAAAGCAAGGCAAAUAUUGGACAGUAGAGGCAUUCCAACUGUUGAAGUUGAUUUGCACACUAAUAAAGGAAUGUUCCGUGCUUCUGCUCCAAGUGGUGCUUCUUCCGGAAUGUAUGAGGCGAUUGACCUGCGUGAUGGAGAAAAAGGAAAUUAUCUUGGAAAUGGCGUGAACAGAGCUGUCAAGAAUAUUAAUGAGAAAAUUUCAGUAGCAUUGGUUGGUAUGGAUCCAACUCUUCAAUCUCAGAUUGAUCAGGUCAUGAUAGACUUGGACAAAACAGAAAAUAAGAGUGAACUUGGAGCGAAUGCUAUUUUAGCUGUCUCCAUAGCUGCUUGCAAAGCUGGAGCUGCUGAAAAAGAGGUUCCUCUUCACAAACACAUUGCUGAUAUUUCUGGUCAAACAAGCCUGCUUCUUCCUGUUCCGGUCUUUACUCUCAUAAGUGUUGGAAAACAUGCUGGAAACAAUCUGGCUAUUCAGGAGAUAAUGAUUCUGCCAGUGGGAUCAAAGACAUUUGAGGAGGCUUUACAAAUGGGUUCCGAGACCUAUCAUCAUUUGAAGGCAGUUAUUACAGAGAUAUAUGGUGCACAUGGAUGUAAUGUUGGUGAAGACGGUAGUUUUGCUCCUAACAUCUCAAGUUUAAGAGAUGGCUUGGACCUUGUUCAGAAGGCUAUUGGGAGAACAGGGUACAAUGAGAAAAUAAAGAUUGCAAUUGGUGUUGCUGCCACUGAGUUUUGCAUAGGUACAAAAUAUGAUUUAGAUUUUAAAACUUCAAAUGAAUCUGGACAAAAUUUUAAAUCAGGACAGGAUAUGAUCGAUAUGUACAAAGAACUCUGCGCAGAUUACCCCAUUGUAUCAAUUGAAGAUCCAUUUGACAAGGAGGACUGGGAGCAUGUCAAGUCCUUUUCGAGUCUUGGACUGUGCCAGGUUGUUGGAGAUGACUUAUUAAUGUCAAAUCCUAAACGGAUCGAGAGGGCCAUACAAGAGAAUGCGUGCAAUGCCCUUCUUCUCAAGGUUAAUCAGAUUGGUACAGUGACCGAAGCCAUUGAAGUUGUCAAAAUGGCUAAGGAUGCCCAAUGGGGGGUUGUGAUAUCUCAAAGAAGUGGUGAAACUGAUGACAGUUUCAUAGCUGAUUUAUCUGUUGGCUUAGCAACUGGUCAAAUUAAAGCAGGUGCCCCUUGCCGAGGAGAACGACUAGCAAAGUACAACCAGUUGCUUAGAAUUGAAGAAGAGCUUGGUGAUCAAGCAGUUUAUAUUGGUGAAAAGUGGAGGAACUGAUCACUUUUCGUCAGAAUUCUAUGUUUGGACAGUAUUCGAGUUGCUUCUUAGUUCAUUUAGCAGCGGUAUGGUGUCUUUUAGUUUGCAGCUAAACUGCUACAGUUUUGGACAUUCUUCCCAUUGCACAUUACAUUUCGCAAUGCUAAGGUGUCCUCUACUUGCAGCUAAUAGUUACAGUUUGGGAAAUGAGAUUGUCUGUUCUAUGUAGUAGUGUUCGAAUCUAAAUUUUCUUGUAUCUAGAGGCAUUUGUAGAAGAUUGAGUUAUAGAGCAAUCAGAAAGUUCUGAGUUCUUUUUUGCAACUAAACAGUGGUUUUGAUCUUACGUGCAUAAAGGAUGAUUCGGCCUGAGUAUUGCACAUUCCUUCAGGAAGUAAAUGAAUCCCUUUCAUUUUCCU